AUGGAUGUAGGCGCUCCAGCUCUUCCCCUCGAGGGGGGAGAGCGCAGACCAUCAUACCAAUAUUACAACAACCAGGAGAGCACUCUCCUGCCCGAGGUACCCCUCCUCACCGGCAUCGACAACCUUCGGCUCUGGGAAGUAGCCGUCCUCGCUCACCUGCGCCACUAUAACCUCUAUGACAAUAGUGAGGCCCGCGACCCUUCAACACCGCGAAGCGCGCGCGACGGCACCCUCUAUCUAUCAUGGGACCACAUGCAGAACAGAAUCAAAGUCUACACGAUCAUCCGUCGCAGCAUUUCCGACGUGAUGUCGUUUCUGGAGAAAGAGUGUCGGUCAAACCCGUGGAUCUCGCUCAAUGAUCCGACAUACGAUGCAAAAGGUCUGUACGAGCUUGUCAAGGAAGUGUACAGCCGACCUCCUCCACUCGAUCCGCACCAGAGCCAAGACGACCUCAUGAUUGACCUGCUGAUGCUGAAAGCCGUUAACUUCGGCACGCUCUCCGACUAUCUGGACAGUUUCUAUGCGCUUUGGUCGCGGCUGGACGUUAGUGGCCUCCAGCUCACGAACGAUGUCCUCCUCAACUUCUUGAUCAGUGGACUUGAUGGGCACUACGACGAAGGUUGGACUGAGGACUUGGAGAAGCAGCGGUUGAUGAAGAAGAUUGACCUUCACGAGGCAUUGAACCUGGUCGGAAUGAGGGUCUGCGAGGAGAAUAUGGUUGUUUUGCCGCCGGUCCCACCCAAGGAUGAUAAAUACUUGGAGAGAUCCUCGACUGAGAGCUCAAGUUCGUCGACGAUCGAGCAGGAGAACAACAUAAAUACCUCCAUGGACGAGUCGAUCAGAGGUUGCUUCGGCCAUGAGAAUGAGCUCGAAGCAGACAUCAUGCGGAGACAGGAAGAGAUGGCCGCUCACUUCAGGAGCCGAACCCUUCAAUGGGCCGUCGAGAAUGCGUUUCUCACAUCCUGGUCCCUCGAGGACCUAGACCCCGUGUCAACCGAGCACGAUAUCACCGCCAAGAACCGUAGAAGCGAUGACGGUAGCCGAAAUGCCAGUCCCACCGAUAAGAAAGAGCGGAGACGCGGCUACCAACCUCUCUCUGAUCUCAUGGCCCGGUAUAUUCCUCUUCCUCUGAGUAUCACCAGCAGAGGUAGUAGCCCGAGCACGAUUGCGGCCAGGAUGGACGCCCUUCGGAUCGAUGACAAGUCCCAAGUGGAACGCAAUGACUUCGAACCAAGAGACCUCCCGAGUCCACUUGCCAGCGAUCAAUCUGCCGCGCGGAAAGAGCGCCGCCGCCGCUUCCUUACCAGAUUCACAGGCACGCCGACAAAGUCUUCGCCUGGUCCAGUUCGGGUGAUGUCCUACCAAGAGGAGUGGAAGCCCAAGCCUCUGUUCUCGAGUCCGCGAAAGUUCUCGUGGGAAGAUGGGGUUAGCAACAGCGAGCACGAUUACGAGCCGACAGUGCUACGCAACACGCCCGAGCCGCAGGUGAGGGGGGAUCUGCCGGACACUCCUGGCACUGGUGGCUCCGAAAAGCAGCAAAACGAGCAAGACGAGUAUCGACUAGAAAAGCGACUUUCGGCCUGUUCGCCCGAGAAAGUGGCGCAGAAGGCGGCGACAGCUGUUCGCAACUUUUCGAGGCCGGAGAGGCCGUUGAUCAGGACUGCAAGCUUGUGA